ACCCUGCGGCUCUGGGACAUCGAGAGCGGGCAGUGCCUGCACGUGCUGAUGGGGCACGUGGCCGCCGUGCGCUGCGUCCAGUACGACGGGCACAAGGUGGUGAGCGGCGCCUACGACUACACGGUGAAGGUCUGGGACCCCGAGAGCGAGAGUUGCACCCACACGCUGCAGGGACACACCAACCGCGUCUACUCCCUGCAGUUUGACGGGACACACAUCGUCAGUGGCUCCCUGGACACCUCAAUCCGAGUGUGGGACGUGGAGAGUGGGAACUGCCUGCACACCCUCAUGGGGCACCAGUCGCUCACCAGUGGCAUGGAGCUGCGGGACAACAUACUCGUGUCUGGCAACGCCGACUCCACCGUCAAGAUCUGGGACAUCAAGACAGGCCAGUGCCUGCAAACACUGCAGGGGCCCAGCAAGCACCAGAGUGCCGUGACCUGCCUGCAGUUCAGCUCCAAGUUCGUGGUGACCAGCUCGGACGAUGGGACGGUCAAGCUCUGGGACCUGAAGACGGGCGAGUUCGUGCGCAACCUGGUGGCCCUGGAGAGCGGGGGCAGCGGGGGGGUGGUGUGGCGCAUCCGCGCCUCCAACACCAAGCUG